AUGUCGUCCCCCUGUGCCACCCGCAGCACUGGCAGACUUCAAGAGCCCACGCCCGACAUCUUUUCAUCAUCGCCGCCCGCCGCAUCCACAGGUAGCCGCAAGCAAAGGCGCCCGCCCCCCAUCACUCCAAAACGAUUCAGGCGCUUCUUCACCCCGCGCAACACUCGAGAGGCAUCUUCACGAGACGCGCCAUCCCGAUCCAGCCGCAAAUUGCAAGACAUCACGCGAUCUGCCAACAACCAGACCAGUGCUGCACCAAGAACAACUCCUCGGAAGACCGUAAACUUCGCAGACGUAGAGAAUGAAGUACGCACCCCGCAAUCCGGUUCUCGCAAGCGGAAGACGGCCUACUUGUCACCCGAGACAUCUCCUGCCCAGUCGUCGCCCUCGAAACGCUCGCGUUAUGUCACUCCACCCCCGUUCGAGAUCUUCGAGGAAGGUCCCAUCCCCGUUGCAUCGCCCAUCUUCCCAGCCCCUGUGCGUCGGAUACGAAGCUUAGGAGGUGCUUCCAGAACAUUGCAACGGUCAUUCGGUGGCAUAUUGAGUGUUGGAAGGGGCUUCAAACAGGACCACUGCACAUCAUGGCAGGACCAGACCGCCGACUUCUACAGUAAUGCGGAAGACGUACAUGAGCUUUCACAGCAUGCGACUCCCUUCUGCACUGCUAGCUGCAACACCAACUCGUUGCUUGCCAUUGGCGACGAGGACGGAUACAUUCACCUGCUGGAUUCCGAGGGCGACUUCUCUGAUGCUCACGUAUCCUGGCGUGCCCACUCGAAUGCAGUAAUGGAUCUGCAAUUCUCGCCCGACGACAGCUACUUGGCUGCAGGCUCUGGUGAUCAGACUGCUCAGAUUAUCGACGUUCGCACGCAACAGACACUCAGUGUCCUGGCCAGGCAUAGGUCCUCGGUUAAGCAAGUGCGCUUCCAGCCCGGCGAUGACAAAAUUGUCGCAACCUCGAGUCGUGAUGGCGCAGUACAGAUAUGGGACCUUCGAUGCAAGGGCCAGGUAUCGAGGCAUUCGGCCUGGGGUGCAGAUGCCCCGUACGCAGACGUCAUCCACACAUUGGCCUCAGCACACGCGGAUAGCCGUAAUGAAGCUUCCAUCACCUCCUUGUCGUUCCUCCCUGAAGGCCGACAACAUCUCCUCAUGACUGCCUCUGAUGCAUCAACAUGUGUCAAGCUAUGGGAUAUUCGCGGUCGCUACACUUUGCGAGGACCUGCCGUGCCCAUCUCCACCACCCGCCACACUGAAGCUCAUUUGCACCACCGACACUUCGCCAUCAGUUCACUUACCUUGAACGGCAACGCCUCUAGACUGUAUGCGCUGUGCAAAGACAACACCAUCUAUGCCUACUCUACCAGCAACCUUAUCCUGGGUGCCGCACCCGAGUUGGCACCAGACUCAUUCUCCAAGCAAAAGUACUGCCGAGCCAACCAGGAAGGUUUGGGACCAAUGUAUGGUUUCCGUCACCCGAAGCUUCACGCGGGCUCGUUCUACGUCAAGGCUGCCCUGCGAAAAGCCCGUGAUGACAAGCCAGAACUACUGGCUGUUGGAAGCACGGACGGCGGUCCCGUACUGUUCCCCACAGAUGAGACCUUCCUGAAGCGCGAGUCAAGACAUCCCGAGGACGACGCGGACUUGCCGAGUAUCUCGUCGAAGCCAUCUUUUCAAGGCUCGAACCACGGUCGCUCCAUAGACAGCAUUCCCAUCUACGAGCAGGGCACGCCACUUGUCCGUGGGCACACUGCUGAAGUCACAAGCGUGUGCUGGGCUACCAAUGGUAGCUUGGUCAGUGUGAGCGACGACUUGUGCGUUCGCCGCUGGCAGGAGGGUCGUGAAGCUCGCGAGCUGCGAAUCGGCGGAGAGAGCGAGGGGAAGAGGUGGCAGUGUGGUUGGGCCGAUGUCCACGAGGGCUAUGAUGACGACGAGUAG